AGCACCUCCCUUUCCCCCUGGAUAGCUCUUCUCCCCUCUGACAGGACCUCUGGUAGCAACUACACUAAGGUGGAAUGGAUAGCAGGGUCUCGAGCACAACCAGUAAUGGAGAGACAAAACCAAUGUGCCCAGGCAUGGAAAAGGCGGAGGAGGCCGGCGCCCUGCAGCGGGGCCAGUGGAGCAACAAGAUGGAGUUCGUGCUGUCCGUGGCCGGCGAGAUCAUCGGGCUGGGCAACGUCUGGAGGUUUCCCUACCUCUGCUACAAAAACGGGGGAGGUGCCUUUUUCAUCCCCUACCUCAUCUUCCUCUUUACCUGUGGCAUUCCUGUCUUUCUCCUGGAGACAGCACUGGGCCAGUACACCAGCCAGGGGGGCAUCACAGCCUGGAGGAAGAUCUGCCCCAUCUUUGAGGGUAUCGGCUAUGCUUCCCAGACCAUUGUCAUCCUCCUCAACAUCUACUACAUCAUCGUCCUGGCCUGGGCCCUCUUCUACCUCUUCAGCAGCUUCACCACCGACCUGCCCUGGGGGAGCUGCCGCCACGACUGGAACACAGAGCAUUGUGUGGAGUUCCAGAGGCCCAGCAGCUCCGUGAACGUGAGCUCCGAGAACGCCACCUCUCCCGUCAUCGAGUUCUGGGAGAGGCGGGUCCUGAAGAUCUCGGACGGCAUCCAGCACCUGGGGGCCCUGCGCUGGGAGCUGGCCCUGUGCCUCCUGCUCGCCUGGGUCAUCUGCUACUUCUGCAUCUGGAAGGGGGUCAAGUCCACGGGCAAGGUGGUGUACUUCACAGCCACCUUCCCUUACCUCAUGCUGGUGGUCCUGUUGAUUCGAGGGGUGACGCUGCCUGGGGCCGCCCAAGGAAUUCAGUUUUACCUGUACCCAAACCUCACGCGUCUGUGGGACCCCCAGGUGUGGAUGGACGCGGGCACCCAGACCUUCUUCUCCUUCGCCAUCUGCCUGGGGUGCCUGACGGCCCUGGGCAGCUACAACAAGUACCACAACAACUGCUACAGGGACUGCCUCGCCCUCUGCUUCCUCAACAGCGGCACCAGCUUCGUGGCCGGCUUUGCCAUCUUCUCCAUCCUGGGCUUCAUGUCCCAGGAGCAGGGGGUGCCCAUCUCUGAGGUGGCCGAGUCAGGCCCUGGCCUGGCCUUCAUCGCCUACCCCCGGGCUGUUGUGAUGCUGCCCUUCUCGCCCCUCUGGGCCUGCUGCUUCUUCUUCAUGAUCGUCCUGCUGGGACUGGAUAGCCAGUUUGUGUGUGUGGAAAGCCUGGUGACGGCGCUGGUGGACAUGUACCCCAGUGUAUUCCGCAAGAAGAACCGGAGGGAGGUCCUCAUCCUGGGGGUGUCUGUCACCUCCUUCCUCGUCGGGCUGGUCAUGCUCACAGAGGGCGGUAUGUACGUUUUUCAGCUCUUUGACUACUACGCAGCCAGUGGCAUGUGUCUCCUGUUCGUGGCCAUCUUUGAGUCCCUCUGUGUGGCGUGGGCCUACGGAGCUGGGCGCUUCUAUGACAACAUUGAAGACAUGAUUGGGUACAGGCCGUGGCCCCUUAUCAAAUACUGUUGGCUCUUCCUCACACCGGCUGUGUGCACAGCCACCUUCCUCUCCUCCCUGAUCAAGUACACCCCACUGACCUACAACAAGAAGUACCUGUACCCGUGGUGGGGCGAUGCCCUGGGCUGGCUCCUGGCUCUCUCCUCCAUGAUCUGCAUUCCCGCCUGGAGCUGCUACAAACUCAGCACCCGCAAGGGCUCUUUCAGAGAGAGAGUUCGCCAGCUCACGUGCCCAGCUGAGGACCUGCCCCAGUGGGCCCGAGCGGAACCCUCUGCCCCGGCCACGCCCAGGACGUCGGAACUGGAGUCUCACUGCUAGGGGGCAGGCCCUGGGACAACGGGCCAGUCAGCCUGGCUGUGGGGACAGUUGCAGAGGGAAGGCACAGAAGCAGCCCUGCUGUGCUUCUUUGCCAC